CUUCUGCAGGCGUCUCCCGGCACCGUGUCGGCGGAGAAAUUGGACGAGAACGACCCGGUGGUCACCACCGUCUACGGCAAGCUGCGCGGUGUGAAGAAGGAGCUCAAUAACGAGAUCCUGGGUCCCGUCGUGCAGUUUCUGGGCGUCCCGUACGCCGCCCCGCCCGUGGGCAAGCUCCGCUUCCAGCCGCCCGAGCCGCCGAUGUCGUGGCCGGAGGUCCGCAACGCCACGCACUUCGCCCCGGUGUGCCCUCAGACCAUUGUGGAGGGCCGCCUGCCGGACGUGAUGCUGCCGGUGUGGUUCACCAACAGCAUCGACGUGGUGUCGACGUACGUGCAGGACCAGAGCGAGGACUGCCUCUAUCUCAACAUCUACGUCCCCACCGAGGAUGUCAAAAGAAUAUCCAAGGAAUGUGCCAGGAAACCCGGCAAGAAAAUAUGUAGACAAGGAGGUCCCCUUACAAAGAAACACACUGAUGAUUUAGGUGAUAAUGACCGCACGGACGACGAAGACAUCAGGGAGAGUGGCAGCCCCAAGCCGGUGAUGGUUUUCAUCCACGGGGGCUCCUACAUGGAAGGAACUGGGAAUAUGUUUGACGGCAGCAUCCUGGCCAGCUAUGGGAAUGUCAUCGUGAUAACCGUCAACUACCGGCUGGGCGUCCUAGGCUUCCUCAGCACUGGUGACCAGGCGGCCAAGGGGAAUUACGGCCUGUUAGACCUGAUCCAGGCUCUGCGUUGGACCAGCGAGAACAUCGCGGCCUUCGGCGGUGACCCGCUGCGGAUCACCGUGUUCGGUUCAGGUGCCGGAGCUUCCUGUGUCAACCUGCUCACCCUGUCUCACUACUCAGAGGGCCUGUUCCAGCGGGCCAUAGCCCAGAGUGGGACCGCUUUAUCCAGCUGGGCAGUCAGUUUCCAGCCAGCCAAGUAUGCCCGCAUGCUGGCGCUGAAGGUGGGCUGCAACAUGGAGGACACCGUGGAUCUUGUGGAGUGUCUGCAGGGGAAACACUACAAGGAGCUGGUGGACCAGGACAUCCAGCCAGCCCGCUACCACAUCGCCUUCGGGCCCGUUAUCGACGGGGACGUGAUACCGGACGACCCGCAGAUCCUCAUGGAGCAGGGCGAGUUCCUGAACUAUGACAUCAUGCUGGGGGUGAACCAAGGCGAGGGCUUAAAGUUUGUGGAGCUGAUCGUCGACAAUGAAAACGGCGUUCAGGCAAACGACUUUGACUACGCCGUGUCCAGUUUCGUGGACGACCUCUAUGGCUACCCGGAGGGCAAAGACAUCCUCCGAGAGACCAUCAAGUUCAUGUACACUGACUGGGCCGACAGGCACAACCCUGAGACUCGCAGAAAGACGCUGCUGGCGCUGUUCACCGAUCACCAGUGGGUGGCGCCAGCUGUCGCUACAGCCGACCUGCACUCCAGCUUUGGGUCACCAACGUACUUUUACGCCUUCUACCACCACUGUCAGACAGAACAGGUGCCACCGUGGGCCGACGCGGCACAUGGGGAUGAGAUCCCGUACGUGUUUGGUCUGCCAAUGAUCGGACCAACAGAGCUGUUUCCGUGCAACUUCUCCAAGAACGACGUGAUGCUCAGUGCCGUGGUCAUGACCUACUGGACCAACUUCGCCAAGACGGGGGAUCCAAACCAGCCGGUUCCCCAGGACACCAAGUUCAUCCACACCAAGCCCAACCGCUUUGAGGAGGUGGCAUGGACACGCUACAACCAGAAAGACCAGCUGUACCUGCACAUCGGACUGAAACCCCGCGUCAAGGAGCAUUACCGUGCCAACAAGGUCAACUUGUGGUUGGAGCUGGUUCCUCAUCUCCACAGCCUCAACGAGGUCACUCAGCUCAUUCCCACCACCACCAAGAUCCCACCACCGGAGGCCACCAACCGAACCCCGAAGACCAAGGUUCUGGUGACCAAGCGUCCCAACCCGACCCCGUUCCCCACCGAGACCCACGACAGCCACAACCAGCCGCACCUGGUGGACCAGCGCGACUACUCCACCGAGCUGUCGGUGACCAUCGCCGUGGGAGCCUCGCUGCUCUUCCUCAACAUCCUGGCCUUCGCCGCGCUCUACUACAAGAAGGACAAGCGCCGGCAUGACGUCCACAGGCGCUGCAGCCCUCAGCGGAGCGCCGCCAACGACCUCGCCCACACCCAGGAGGAGGAGAUCAUGUCGCUGCAGAUGAAGCAGCACUCGGAGCUGGACCGGGACUGCCGGGGGGUGGGAGACUCCCUGCACCCGCACGACGUGGUGCUGAGGACUGCCUGCCCACCAGACUACACUCUGGCCAUGAGGCGCUCGCCGGACGACAUCCCGCUCAUGACGCCCAACACCAUUACCAUGAUCCCCAGCAGCAUGGGCGGGCUCACCUCGCUCCACUCUUUCAACACCUUCCCCAGCAGCGGGCAGAAUAACACCCUGCCCCACCCGCACCCACACUCACACUCCACCACCCGGGUAUAGCCCUGUGGACGCACCCAUGCAGGCAGGACUCUGACGGCUGAGGCAAAAGCUAAACGGCUAGCGCUGACGCAGAGACGUAAGGCCGACAUGCUGACGGACACAGAUACAUCAGGAGCUGAAAUGCCAGCCCGGAGUGGUUAACACACCCGUGGAAUAACGCUGGGAUUCUACCGUACCCUGUUGGAACCUGAGGGAAUAUAGUGACGGGAUUUUUUUUUUUCCAGGAGGCUUGGACCAGAAAAAAAUAAUAAUUAUGUUUUUGUAGAAAACUAAGAGACGAAGAGCAAAAAAAAAAGUACAAA